UGACGGCAUCAAACGACCACAUUUUUUUUAAUUCAAUCAGUCUUAGACAACGACGCUAGUUAAAAACAACAAACGCGGGAAAAAUUCGAAAUAUAUUUUGAAAGUUAUAAGGAAAGAGUUAAUAGAAUCUCAUCAAAAUGAGUUGCGGAAUUUCAAUGGUUAAAUAUAUUCUAUUUUUAUUUAACCUAUUAUGUUCGAUAUGUGGCGUUUUGCUGAUAGUUUUUGGAGCGAUGCUCUUCAGCAAUGUACACUCCUUAGAUGACAUCAAAGAAGCAGUACAAACUCAACAAGUGCCCAUUACAAUGAUUGUUUUGGGUGCAGUUAUUCUUCUCAUAUCAUUCUUUGGCUGCUGUGGCGCUAUUCGGGAAUCAUAUUGUAUGUCGAUGACGUACUCUAUACUCUUGUUUGUACUUAUGGUUGGACAAUUAGCACUUGUAACAUAUAUGUGGCUACAGAAAGAUAGAUAUUUGGUUAUCAUGGGUGAUGUUGUGGAGAGAGCUUGGGAACGCAGAACCCGUAAAGCAGAUUAUAUGGAUGCUUUGCAACUUAGUAUGGAAUGCUGUGGCAAGAAUGGUUACGAAGAUUAUAGUUUCCAAGGUUAUUUCCCACGCUCAUGUUGUAAGGAUCCAAAUGCUUGCCGUAUUGAAACUGUCUAUCGUAGAGGUUGUAAGGCUACAUUUGUUGAUUUCUGGGAUAAAAACAGUGACAUUAUUAAAUAUGCCGGCUUGGUGAUUGCUGCCAUUGAAUUUGUUGGCUUCAUCUUUGCUUGCUGUCUGGCUAAUAAUAUUCGCAACUAUAGACGCCGAAGAGACUACUAAGCGAUAUGCCUUGAAGGCAAUUUUAAGAAUCUUCAGUUUAUGAAUUUACAUUUAUUUAAUAGAAUUAACGAAUUUGAUUUAAAAAUUGAAUCUUAAAAUAUUAUAACA